AUGGGUUCCAACCGCAGCGCAGCCAAGCGCCUAAUCAAAGAGCUUACGACCUGGAACAACGUCGAGUCCAAAGAAGAGAAGGGAGUCGAGCGGCUAGGGCCCAUCAACGACGAUGAGCUGUUGGUUUGGGAGGCCGUGAUAAACGGGAAGGGGGUUGGUUGUGGUUAUGAUGACGGCCGCUGGCUCCUCCACAUCACCCUCCCACCUACCUACCCCUUGCACCCUCCCUCAAUAAAAUUCAUUACCCCCAUCGUGCACGCCAACGUUGCUUUACAGACGGGGGAGAUCUGCCUGGAUUUGCUAAAGGAAGCGUGGACGCCCGCCUACAGCGUCUUGGAGUGCGUGAGGGCUAUUCGCUUGUUGCUGAGCUGUCCGGGCAUUGAUUCCCCGUUGAAUGUGGAUGUUGCGGCGCUGAUAAGGCAGGGGGAUCAUGUUGCUGCUAGGGGACUGGUGGAGUUGUGGGUUGAGGAGGAGAGGUAUGAGGGGCCGUAG